AGUCCUAGAGUCCAACGCAUCACUUGGCACUCCUAGGAGGUUUCAGCACUCGCAGAGCCCUUCCCCGACUCGAGAUCUCGAGCAGCAGAGUCAACUGAUCCGCCCCCGGGUUCCACCAGCAGAUCCACCAGGCAGAGGCAGAGUGACUAGUGUGUCGGUGCAGUGCGUGGUGCGUGCAGUUCUAGCUGAUCUAGUAGUGUGUGACGUAGACGACGAACCUCAGGAUGAAGGCUUUCGUACUUGGAGCGUCGGUGCUGCUGCUGGCGGCAGUUUCCGUUUCCGCGUCGUACGGUGCGGUCGCACUGUCGUCGCAGUACCAGGCGCACGACGGGCACGGUGGCUACGCGUACGGCUACGCCGAGCCGAACUCGCAGAAGCACGAGCAGAAGGAUGCGCACGGUGUGACGCACGGCGGCUACUCGUACGUGGACGCGCACGGCCACGUCCAGCACGUGCACUACACGGCCGAUCCGAUCCAUGGCUUCCAGGUGUCGGGCACGAACCUGCCGAAGGGCCCGGCUCCGGCCCACGGCCACUACGCACCCGCCGCCGCCGCCCACUACUAUCUCCACGCGCCGGUCGUGCUCGGCCACAACGGGGCGCCGAUCGAGACACCGGAAGUGCAGGCGGCCAAGGCCGCCCAUUUCGCCGCUCACCUGGAGGCUAAGGCUCGGCUCCACAAGCGCUCCCUGUACGCCGGAGCUCCCUUCUGGGCCAGCUAUGGCCACGUGCCCGCCAUCCACAACGGGGUCCCGAUCGACACACCGGAAGUCCAGCACGCCAAGGCCGAGCAUGCGGCCGCCCACGCGAAGGCCCUCGGCUACGGAGCCGCCAGCGGCCCCAUCGCCGAUACACCGGAAGUGGCCCACGCUAAGGCCGCUCACGCCGCCGCCCACGCCGCGGCCCGCGCCGGCCACCACCACGCGUACGCCGCCCCGCACCACGGCUACCCGCAGCACGUGCCGGUGAUCAAGAACGGUGUCCCGGUCGAGACGCCCGAGGUCCAGCACGCCAAGGCCGCCCACGCCGCCGCCCACGCCAAGGCCCAGGGAUACGCGCCGGCGCACGCCCACGCCGCCUACUACCCGCAGCACAUCCCGGUCAUCCACAACGGCGUGCCGGUCGAGACGCCCGAAGUGCAGCACGCCAAGAGUGCCCACUUUGCCGCGCUGGCCGAAGCCAGCGCCCGCAACUGGGCUUCCCCGGCGGCCGGCCACGAGGAUGACGGUUCGUACGAUGGCCGAUGGGACAACCACUACUAGGCGCCACUCAGUCGCCGUCCCAGCAAAACCCACUGGCCAAACCAAACCGACGCAGCGAACCAACGAACCAACGAGAACUCCCAGAAGAACACACAGAGAAUACUCCGCAGCCAAAAAGAAAAAGGGCCACGAUCAAUGCUCCUGAUCCGGCGAGAUUCCUCCAGUAUUACUGCCGACUCCUUCGAACCCCCGCCCCCCACCGCACCACCAGCGCAUACAGCUAGCCAAUCCUCUGCCCCUGAUCCUGUGUGCCGCCAGAAGACACCGACGAGAGAGACUUCUCGAGUGCGACUGUCAGACGGGGAGCCUGACUCCAGAGUGCUCCAGAGGGAGUAGCUGAUCGCUCCCCGCUCGCCCCAAUCCCCCCCCACACACCAUCGCCCAUCAACCACCAUCCAAGGGGUACCAUCCACUGCCGGUAAGCCGCCGAUCAGCUUCAUCAGUGUGGACGACGUGUGGACCCCAGCAGCGACCCGAUCUCGUGACGUGAGCCGCAACUGACGGUUCCGUCCGCUGGGGGAGACGGUAUGUCCCGGGCACCACCAGGUGACGACCAUAUAGAAAAAAGCAAUAUAAACAGACCAACCAACACCCAAUACAGCGAAACUAAAGCGGAGAAUGCUAUAUUGUACAGGGCGGUAUGUAUCUGAAAGCGGACAUCUUAACGAGUUUGUUAUCACUAAAUAAAGAGAGAAAAAUAGUUUUAAAAGGCUUUAACGUA